AUGAGUCCAGAAAACUCGACAGGGCCGGGACCGGAGCCGGAGCCAUCCUCGGCAGCUUACUUCAAGUCGAUCCCCUGGUGCGCGGCUCACCUGACCCCCAGCACCGAGUCAAUAACAUACUACCACCCUCCCUGGACGCGAGACCUGGAUCCGGGCUCCGGGACAGCAAGCCCAGCCUCGGAGGGCCAACAGCCGCGGAUCACCGUCAGCGACCAGUUCUUCUCGAGCACGCUCAACACGGCGGAGACGGUGCCGCGGUCGCUGUGGUUCUACCCGACGCCGGGGUCGCCAUCGGCGCUGGUGCCGACGCUGCGGGCCCUGGUGCGGCUCGAGGCCGGCGUCGGCGGGUACCCGAGAUUCGCGCACGGCGGGGCCGUCGCCACGCUGCUCGACGAGAUCACGGGCCUGCUGUGCACGCUCAACCGGCAGCGCGGCGCCCUCGACCGCCGCCCCGCCAUGACCGGGUUCCUCAACACGCGGUUCCUGCGGCCCGUGCCGGCCCCCGGCAUCGUGCUGGCCGGCGCAGAGGUCGUGCGCACGGCCGAGCGCAAAACGUGGGUGCGCGGUUGGAUCGAGGGCGAGGGCGGCGAGGUGCUGUGCGAGGCUGAGGCCCUCUUUGUCAACUUGAAGGGCAGGCUGUGA